CCUUUCCUCAGCUGCCGCCAAGGUGCUCGGUCCUUCCGAGGAAGCUAAGGCCGCGUUGAGGUGAGGCCCUCACUUCAUCCGGCGACUAGCACCGUGCCGGCAGUCCACAACAUGGCUUCUGUCUCUGAGCUUGCCUGCAUCUACUCCGCCCUCAUCCUGCACGACGACGAGGUGACGGUCACGGAGGAUAAGAUCAAUGCUCUCAUUAAAGCAGCUGGUGUCAAUGUUGAACCUUUCUGGCCUGGCUUGUUUGCAAAGGCUCUGGCCAAUGUCAACAUUGGAAGCCUCAUCUGCAAUGUAGGGGCUGGUGGGCCAGCUCCAGCCGCUGGGGCUGCGCCUGCUGGUGGUCCUGCUCCAUCUGCCGCCGCUGCCCCAGCUGAGGAGAAGAAAGUAGAAGCAAAGAAGGAAGAAUCUGAAGAAUCCGAGGAUGACAUGGGCUUUGGUCUUUUUGACUAAACUGCUUUUGUUAACAUGUCCAAUAAAGAGCUGAACCUGU